CCAGCCCCUGGGCGCGGCCUGCAGGGGGCAGGCGAUCGCGCGGGGAAGCGGGGGCAGGACGAGGCCGGAGCGGUGCCGGCUCUGCAGCUGCCUACAGCCGCAGGGUGUCCUUGCCGCGCCUCUGCGGGGUGAGCCUUCCUCGGCCCGCGCGGACUGCGCGCUACACUUCGUCGCUGACAUGUGUGCCACCCGGAUGCCUCCCUUGGUGCACAUCUUCCGAGGGACGUUCGUCCACUCCACCUGGACCUGCCCCAUGGAGGUGCUGCGGGAUCACCUCCUCGGUGUGAGCGACAGCGGCAAAAUAGUGUUUUUGGAAGAAGCAUCCCAACAAGAAAAGCUGGCCAAAGAAUGGUGUUUCAAGCCUUGUGAAAUAAGAGAACUGAGUCACCAUGAGUUCUUCAUGCCUGGGCUGGUAGAUACACACAUCCAUGCCCCACAGUACUCUUUUGCUGGUAGUAAUGUGGACCUGCCACUUUUGGAGUGGCUGACCAAGUACACAUUUCCUGUGGAACACAAAUUCCAGAGCAUUGACUAUGCUGAAGAAAUAUACACCAGAGUUGUUAGGAGAACUCUAAAGAAUGGAACAACCACAGCUUGUUACUUUGGAACAAUUCACACUGACUCAUCGCUGCUUCUUGCGGAAAUUACAGAUAAAUUUGGCCAGCGGUCAUUUGUGGGCAAGGUCUGCAUGGAUUUGAAUGACACUGUUCCAGAGUACAAGGAAACCACUGAGGAUUCAGUUAAGGAAACAGAGAGAUUUGUGUCAGAAAUGCUCCAAAGGAACUAUUCUAGAGUGCAGCCCAUAGUAACACCACGUUUUCCCCUUUCCUGCUCUGAGACUUUGUUGGGUGAACUUGGAAACAUUGCCAAGAUCCAUGAUUUGCACAUUCAGAGCCAUAUAAGUGAAAAUCGUGAUGAAGUUAAAGCUGUGAAAAACCUAUACCCUGGUUAUAAAAACUACACAGAUGUGUAUGAUAAAAAUAAUCUCCUGACAAAUAAGACUGUGAUGGCUCAUGGCUGCUACCUUUCUGAAGAAGAACUGGAUAUAUUCAGGGAACGAGGAGCAUCUAUCUCACAUUGUCCCAAUUCUAACUUAUCGCUCAGCAGUGGCCUUCUCAAUGUGCAAGAGGUCCUGAAACAUGAAGUGAAGAUAGGACUGGGUACAGAUGUGGCUGGUGGUUAUUCAUCUUCCAUGCUUGAUGCAAUCAGAAGAGCAGUGAUGGUUUCCAAUACCCUUUCAAUUAAUAAGAUAAAUGCAAAAAGCCUCACCCUCAAAGAGGUCUUCAGACUAGCUACUCUUGGAGGCAGCCAAGCCCUGGGGCUGGAGAGGGAGAUUGGAAAUUUUGAAGUGGGCAAGGAAUUUGAUGCUCUUCUGAUCAACCCCAAAGCAUCUGACUCUCCUAUUGACCUGUUUUAUGGGGAUUUUGUUGGUGAUAUUUCUGAGGCUGUUAUCCAGAAGUUCCUCUAUCUAGGAGAUGACCGAAAUAUUGAGGAGGUUUAUGUGGGCGGAAAGCAGGUGGUUCCCUUUUCAAGCUCAGUGUAAGACCCUCAGCAUCUACGAGUUCUCCUGGGAUAAUGUGGUUCUGCAUCUCCUUUGUGCCCAGGUGGAGUUAGAAAGUCAAAAAAUAGUACCUUGUUCUUGGGAUGACUGUCUCCUUCUAAUCUAGUUACAGUAUUCACUGGACAAAUUGUUCAAAGGAAGCUGCGCUAAUUCUCAACUCUCUGGGAGGAUUAAAAAUUUCUCCUUUUUGAGCUGUUCAGUUUUACCUUAAAGCUCAAAUUUAAGGGAAUGUUAUUACAGAUGGUGUUAAGAGAAUUAAAUAAAAUCUUUUUAACAUUUGGAAAUGUGAAGAGAAAAGAUAUUCCUAUAAGGUUAGAUAUUUUGAGCUGGUAAUGUGAAAAUUGGGAAACAAAAAAUGAACCAGUGAGUAUAUUUUAUGAAAGAGUAAGAGUUGACUAUGAACAAACAUUGGAAAGUCACUUCAGACCAUGUUUGAUAAUUAUAUACUGAGCGUACUAAUUUAAAAAGAGAACUUGUUGAAUUUUAAAAUGUAUUUCUAGAUCGACCUUGUGUUCUGGAAAUUUGCACUUACUGGAAUUUGUGUUUCAGAGA